UACCGCGGUUUCAACCACUAAAAUCCUUCUCCCUGUAACAAACACCUCGAAGGCCAAAGGCAGCGACAAUGUAGCACAUGAAAGGAAUAGCGUUAUCAAGGGACGAAAGAGCAAUGAUCUAAAUCCAAACGAUUUAUCCAACCGAGUAGUUGCACCAAUGCCUUCCAAAGUUCGCCUUCCUCCUCUGCACAAAAUGCUGACUAAGGUCGGAAAAGAGUUCAAUACUAUGUCGUUUGACGAUUCUGGACACGAAAAAUCGGUCACCGAAGGAAGAGACGGUGGGUACCACACAGCAAACAGCGAUGAUAAUCACACCCACUCUUUCGAAUCAUCUGAAGACGAGUUCGGUGAUCCAAAUGGUAUCAGCCCGUCAAUCUCUGGAGAUGUAAAUCCCUCCCCCAUCGAGAAGCGCAGGAAUGUGCUUGAAGCUGCAGCGGAUACGUUCCGAGGACGAGCUGUAAUCCCACCCGUAAUGGACUCGCCGCAUACCGAGAAAGAAAGGGCGGCUUUCAAGCCUGAGACGAGGAGGCAACUUAGAGGCACCGUGGAGACUUACAACCCUCCCAAUAUGUUCCAGUAAUAAUUGCAAAAAGUGGAAGUUAUACAGAUAAAAAACAAUUAUUAUUGCAGUGUUGUGUGAUGUGUUUUUUCUUUAUUCUGUCUGCAUUACUUGCGUAAUACCUUUCUUUAUGUAGAAAAAGCACACUCUAUUUGUAUACUGGUAAAGAAAAAUUACCAUGACAUAAUUGACAGUUCAAUAUCAAAUAAGACAAAUUUUCUUUUACGCCUUGUUGCGUGUUAAAACUUCGUAUUGAGUUGUAAGCUCGGUAUUUUAGAAUUUCAAUUGUAUUCGUUAUCAAAUAGAAGAUAUAAAAAAUGUUAAAAUUUAGAAUUGCCUUUGCUGACUUGUGGUAGUUGUCAGAUAAAAUGCGUUUACACCAAUUGGUAAUUAUACCUGUGUGGUGUACACGAGGAAAAUGUGCGAUAAAUGGAUAUAUUAACAUACACUCAAUUUAUUAUUUUGUUAAGUUGUUUGCAGUAGGUGUUUUUAUUCAGAUGUUGUUUUUGCAAAAAAACAACAAAUUACACGUUAUCAGUAUGUUUACAAACGGGAUUCAUAUAAAAUCGCGAUAUUGAUGUUUAUUUUUAAUAAAAUUAUUUAGAAAUAUGUAAAUAAACUUUGUAACUGUAUGAUAACAUAUUAUGUUAGUGUAUAUUACAGUGAAGUGUUUUUAAUGUGCGAUUUAUUAAAUGACAAAGUUCUUACAAACAGAUAUCUACUUUUAAUGUUUAAUUUUGUCCUGUAAUAAAGUGUUUGUCGAUA